AUGGAAGAAACAUUCAAUAGACAGCCAACGCAGGAACAGAAAGCAAAAAAGGACAACAUUCUUGUCAAAACCUGCAUUGAUCCUGUUGCCGUGAAAACAUACGAAGAUUUAAAGGCUCUGCUUGAAACCAAGUAUCCUGGUAGAUUCACCUAUACACAUGAGAUCUAUCCGCUCCCAUUCUGGAGGGAUAUCGUAAGCCGUAUGUGCAAUGCUAUUUUUGCGCUCUUCUGCUUGAUUUUAGUAGCCAUCCUGAUUAUUCCCAAAACCCCUUACUCCUAUCUGAUCUCUAAGGAGUUCUUGACCAUGUUCCGGGAAAAGAAGUUCUACAUCAUGGGAGUUGUGGCUGUUUUGAACUAUCUCUGUGAGUAUCUUCAGAAGUCGGGCGCUUUCGAAAUUUAUUUUAACGAUAAGCUGGUGAGCAGCAAACUGGCCAGUGGCGAUUACCCUGAAGAGGAAACCAUUACGAACUUCAUUGACAAACAAGAGUGA